AUGACCAGUUUUUGGAUUCAUAUUCAUUUCAAUCACUCAACUCUAUUAUAUUACUUCAAAUUUAAUCUAAUUCAGGGGUAAAUAAUAUAAAAAUCGAUUUCUAAACCGGAGGAAUCGUUUUUUGAAUAAUUUUAAUUUUUUAAAGUAAAUUAUCAAUUUAAAUUAAGUUAUUAUCGGACCAAUUAACCUACUAAUGGUCAUUUUAAUAAAAUUCCUUCAUCAAUUUACCAGAAAAAUGGUAUUUUAGGUAUUUUAGAAUCAUUCUUUGA